AUGGACGAAUCCGUUCCUGAUACCCCCGUCAGCGACAAGAAAAUCAUCCAUAGUACGCCUCCGACCGCCGUCAAGGAUGAUGCUGAAUAUGAGACCGUCGCCACUCUUCCGCUCCCUAUGCAUCACAUCCAGCCACUUGCAACACAAUCAUUGACUCCUACUUCCCAGCGACUGACCCAACCUACGCAAAUCAUCGAAGUCCCUCAUUCGGCGAAAAGCAACAUCCAAGUUGCUGCCUCCUCUCCUCUAGGCCCGGCGUCCUCUCCCACCCGUCCUACGCCGCUGGGUGGUCGUCUCUCCAAUUUGAUGGCACCUCCAGGUACACGAUUUUGCCCACCUGCCUCCGCCGGACCUGCGAAGCGAACUCCCGUGAUCAACCUUGACGACGACGGCCCGACAUACCUCGGUGGGUCCUCCGACGAAGACGCUCAUACAACCAGAAGCACCGACAUCAAACCGUCGAUGUUCACCAAAUCUUCGCGCAGCCCCGAAAAAGUCUUGAAUUCUCCCGUAGGUGCCAAUUCGUCGUCCAUGGAUCGCUUCAAGGAGAUCACCGCGUCUGCGGUCUAUAAUCCUGGGGCUAAGCGCCCUGCUUCGCAAAUGGAUCCGACUCCCAAAGGGAUCCCUGUCAAAAAGAUACGGCAGAGUGGUCCUUCCCGCGCUCAGCCAGUCGAGGUGAAUGUAGUGUCAUUGCAGGACAUUGAAGACUACCAGACUCGAGUCAAGGUCGAGAGAAUGCUUAGAGUGAUGCCGCAGAAAUCGGUCCGGACUUGUAUGCAGGCCCUCUUGUUCAAACGGGGAAACUACGAAGAUGCGCUAGAUCAUCUAGCAAAUACGGAUGAACACGAUGCAAUUGGUUCGUCGGAGGAUGAAUUGAAUACGACUCAGCAGGCAGAGCAUAUUGCGCCAGCGAAACAGAACAUCAAAGCCCGCGGGAAAAUUCAAGACAAGUGGUCGGCCAUGAACCUGCAGAAGAAUCUGGCAAGCCAACGAACCCAAUCGCUAUCGCAAAUACAAAUACAGCCGUCAGAGGAAGAACUGAAGCCCCGGCGACGAUUAAUUCGAGGCCCCAAGGCUCGCGCCUCUUCUCCCAGUCCUGCUCCUUCCGACACGCCCCCAAAGAAAAAGCCUGGGCGAUUGGUCCAGGGGCGGAAACAGCCUUCUCCCGCACGCUCUGAAUCUCCCGAAGCUCCUUUGAUUAUUACGGACGAUUCUGACUCUGCCGCUGAUGAACCUUUCGCAACCGGCGAAUCAGAAAUCAGUGUUCUUAAGUUCAUUAACACUUGCCAAGCCGUGGAACUCGCAGACCUGGCAGCAACAACUGAAGACGUCGCGAAGAUCAUCAUCUCUCACCGUCCCUUCAGAAUAUUAGACGCAGUCCGCGCUGUGCCAGCACCAACGAGUGAAAAUGCCAAACCUAAGGGUGCUAGAGGGCGCAAGACGCCAAAGCCUAUUGGAGACAAGAUUGUGGAUAAAUGCCUUGAUAUGUGGGUAGGUUACGAGGCAGUCGAUUCGUUGGUUGCAACGUGCGAAGAACUUGGCCGCCCAGUUGCGGCGGAGAUGAAGAAAUGGGGCGUCGACAUCUUCGGAAAACGUGAUGGAGAACUGGAGCUUGUAUCGAUCGACAGAGAAUCGCAUGAUUCUGGCAUUGGCACUCCAGCCAGCCAGCCCACCGAUGAGGACAGCGACGGCCCUGCAUCCGGCUCCCGCAGGAGCCGGUUCAUCUCUCAGCCAAGUAUCAUGAAUGAGAACCUCAAGAUGAAAGACUAUCAGGUGGUGGGCAUCAACUGGCUGUCGCUGCUCUUCGAUAAAAAACUGAGCUGCAUUCUGGCAGACGACAUGGGUCUCGGAAAGACGUGCCAAGUCAUUGCCUUUCUGGCGCACCUGUACGAGAAGGGCAUUAAGGGGCCUCAUCUGGUAGUGGUGCCCUCAUCCACGAUUGAAAAUUGGCUCCGAGAAUUUCAGAAGUUCUGUCCUACGCUGUCCGUUAUGCCCUACUAUGCCGGACAAGCCGAGCGGGCUCAAAUCCGCCAGACAAUUGAGGACAAUCGCGACGAUAUCAACGUCAUCAUCACGACCUACACAGUCGCAAAGGCCAAGGUUGAUGCUCACUUUUUGCGCAACAUGAACUUCUGUGUAUGUGUCUACGACGAAGGCCACAUGCUCAAGAGCAGUACAUCGGUCCUGUACGAGAAACUCAUUCGCAUCUCCGCUCGUUUCCGGCUCCUUUUGACUGGAACACCACUGCAAAAUAACCUUCAGGAGCUGGCCUCCCUGCUGGGCUUCAUCCUUCCCAAGGUCUUUCAGGAACGCAAAGAGGAUCUUCAAUACAUUUUUGCAAACAAAGCAAAGACUGUGGACGACUCUCACUCUACACUGUUAUCAGCGCAGCGUAUCGAGAGAGCCAAGUCUAUGCUCAAACCCUUUGUCUUGCGGCGAAAAAAGCAUCAGGUCAUCGAUCUGCCUCGUAAGAUCUCUCACGUCGAAUAUUGCCAGCUGAACAGUGCUCAAAAGGAGAUCUAUGAGCAUGAGCAGGAAGAAGUCCGCCAGCUGCUGGCUGACCGGGCCGCCGGGAAGAAAACGGGCAACAGAUCCGCCAACAUCUUGAUGAAACUUCGUCAGGCCGCUAUCCAUCCUCUUUUGUACAGACGUCACUACACUGAUACCAUCCUCAGCCGUAUGGCCAAAGCAUGCCUAAAGGAGGAGCAGUGGUCCCAAUCCAACCCAAAUAUCAUUUUUGAAGAGCUGCAAGCAUACAAUGACUUCGAAUGCCACUCUCUCUGCAUCAAUCACCCCAACUCCCUUGGCAAAUUCGCUCUGAAAAAUGACGAAUGGAUGAACUCAGGAAAGGUCGACAAGCUUUGCGAGUUACUCAAACGGUUCAAAGAAAACGGUGACCGAACCCUAGUGUUUUCCCAAUUCACCAUGGUCAUGGAUAUCCUCGAGCACGUGCUGGAAACUCUUCACCUCGAAUUCGUCCGGCUGGACGGCCGAACGAACGUCGAAGAUCGCCAGUCUAUCCUGGACGCUUUCCACGAGAGAACCGACAUCCCGGUAUUCCUCCUCUCAACCAAAGCCGGUGGCGCAGGUAUCAAUUUAGCCUGCGCGAAUAAAGUCGUCAUCUUCGAUUCCAGCUUCAACCCGCAGGAAGACGUGCAGGCGGAGAACCGUGCGCAUCGCGUGGGUCAGACACAGGAGGUAGAAGUCAUCCGGCUCGUGACGAAGGAUACCAUUGAGGAGCAGAUCUAUGCUCUCGGCCAGACCAAGUUGGCUCUCGACCAGGCUGUUGCCGGCGACGAGACGGACAACAAGAAGGGCGAGGAAGCUGGGAUGAAGGUCGUGGAGGAUAUGGUACUUGCGAAUCUGGGGCAGGACAAGGCAACAACAACAGCCUGA